CGCAAAGACUUAAACCCACAACACAGCUUUCUCACAUAACGCAAAGUUUUAUAUUCUCCUCUUAUCUCCUCCUCCUUCACCGGCACGGCAACACAAAGCAACCAUGUCCUCCUACCCUAACUUCGAUCACGAUCCCCAUGGAAACGACGACAAUGACUGGUUCAAUCGUCGGAACGUAUAUGAUUUAAAUAGCAAGAUCAUGCUCACUGCAAUCAUAUCAUUGUCGGUGGUGGUCGUAGUAGUUAUUGCCUUACACUUAUACGCAAGGUGUGUCCUACGGCGCCAGGCUCGUCGCCGAGCUGCUCUACUUCAACUGGGGUUGACCGUAGCUCAUGCCCGCUCCGGCGAGCAACCCAACAGAGGGCUUGAUCCGGCGGUCAUCGCGUCGUUACCCGUGUUUGUUUUCAAGGGUGAGGACGAUGCCACCGCCACGUCGACUACGGAGUGCGCGGUGUGUCUGAGCAUGAUAGAGAAUGAAGAGAUGGCGAGGUUGCUUCCAAACUGUAAGCACGUUUUCCACGCGGAGUGCGUAGAUAAGUGGUUGGGUUCGCACUCUACGUGUCCUAUUUGUCGAACCGAGGCUCAGCCACUGGUUCGGCCCGAGCCCCGUGAGGCGCCAGCCGGUCCAACCGGCGGUACUGCACCCACAGCUCCACCCCAAAUGUUUUCCGGACUGUCAAGCAUGGAAGGAACAUCGGCCGGUGCUACCCAAUCCUCAGAAAAGGUUAGUGGUUCAAGCUUGCGAUUAAACUCGUUCAGAAGGAUUCUUACUGGGGAAAGAGCAUCAACAAGAGUUCAUUCUCGUGACGAAGACGACGUUAUACAAGAUUUAGAGAGACAAUGAUUAAUUUUACUUUUUGGUUUUUGGAAUAAAGCAUAUAUAAUUAAGUUUCAAUUCGAUUGUAAGUACAUAUAUACAAGAGGCUGAACAUUUGCAUAAA